AUGGAGGUUUCCAAAAAUGGAGAUACAGUACCCCCAAAUCAUCAUUUUUACCGGAUUGUCCAUAGUAAACCAUCCAGCUUUGGUGGAACACCGCAGGUGAGUGACGAGGAGUUCCGCAGCAUAGUGGCUGAAAGGCGAUCCGACUGGGUUGUUGGGAAGGAUUCUGGCUACUCUGAUGGUGGCCAAGAACUCUGGCAGGGAAAAGAGGUUGUUCGUCAGCGUGUCCUUGAGGAUGAGAGAGACAGGAAACUAUUGGCACAGAUGGAUCCAGAAAGGAAGACGAAGGCAGUCAAGGACCAGACUGAGACUGCGCCAUCCGGCCGAGGAGCGUUUCUCGGGGCACUGCAGAAGGGUGCAGUCCUUUCUUCCUCUGGGGUGCCAAACAGCUCUACCAAGAAGGAUCAAAAUAAGCUGCUUGACGACAUGCUUGAACAAAUGUGCGGCGAACUGGAGGCAGAACCAAAAAGCAGAGCUCCGGAGGUGUCGAUGGAGGUGGCAAGUGAGACCAUCGCUCCGCCACCUUCCAUGCAGGAUCUGACGAUCCCAGACGUGAAAGCGAGCCAAGAUGAGAGCAUGGAGCCGAAAGAGCCCAUCGCUGCACCUGAGCCCAAAGAGAUCAAAGAGCCGGAGCUGAAGAAGCCGAAGCUCGAGGCAUGUGAAGUUCAUGCAAGUUCUCCUGCAGAAGAACUGCAACCUGCCGCGGUCCCGGAAGCGCCAAUUGAAGCCCUUCCUGAUCUUUUGCCAAACUUACCAAGUGAAGACUUGAUCGCAAAUGGUGCCCAGCAGGUUUCCCUGGACGAGCACGGAGGUUUGUGGUUCUUCUUUAUCGAUGCCUUUGAAGACGACCGCUCUUCUCCUCCUCGCGUUUAUCUCUUUGGGAAAGUCCAGACAGUUACAGGAGGCUUUUGCAGUUGCUGCUUGGUGGUUGAGAAUUUGGAACGCUGCAUUCAUUUGCUUCUAAAGGUAGAUCCAGAAGCUGCCACUGAAGAGGUGGAAAAGGCUGCAGCUGCGGCAGAGCAGGAAUUUGACUCUAUAUGUCAGAGGCAAUGUCCAAAUAUCAGGAAGCUUAGGAGCAAGUUGAAAUGGCGCAAUUAUGCCUUUGAGAAAUCCUUACCCCACGGUCUGGGACACUUGCCCUUCCUGAAAAUCAUCUGCGAUGCUUCUGGUGGACUUCCUCGUGAGAUCUACGGGCAGACCUUCAGCCAUGCUUUUGGUGUCCAGACCUCUUUGCUGGAAAGAAUCUUGCUGACCAAGCAAAUCAUGGGUCCUGGCUGGCUGCGCUUGAAACCCGGAUCCUUCAAGAACGAAGCAGCACGGCUCUCCUACUGCGCGCAGGAGUUUCGAAUGACUCCGAAGUCUUUUCAUUGGCCUCGUACAGAAGAAGACAAGACAGAGCUGGCAAAGUCUUCCCCAGCUGUCAGCCCUCCACUGCGCAUGAUGAGUUUGUCUAUGCAGACAGUCCAGCAAAGCUCGCAGGCCCCGCAUGAGGUGCUGGCCAUUGCGUGUACCCUUCAUACCAACGUCAGCGCAGAUGCCGGGUCGGAGGACCCAAGAAUGGGCACAUGGGCAGCAGUUCGUAGGCUUGACAUCAAUCCACUUCCACGAGAUGCUGACAAGGCAUUGGCGCAAGCUGGCAUGCAGACCUGCAACAACGAGCUCCAUUUGCUCACGUCGUUUCUUGCCAAGGUCCAAGAAUUUGACCCGGACGUCGUUGCAGGCCACAACGCUUAUGCCUGCGACCUUGACAUCUUGGCGGCUCGCUUUCAGCAGCUCAAGAUGGUCACUCAGUGGCAGAAGUUUGGGCGUUUGCGUCGUCCGAAGGACCGAGUGCCGCGAUCCGAAGGACGCCAAGGGCAAGGAUUUUGGGUUGGAAGCAAUCUCCUGGCUGGGAGGCUGAUUUGUGAUGUGCUGCUGCAAGCAAAAGAUCUGUUGCCAAAGAUGGGCUGCUACGACCUUCCGAACUUGGCCAAGGAACAGUUGCGGAGAAGUUUGCAAAAUGUUGAGCCAGAGUCCAUCGCCUCUGGCUAUAGCUCGGCAAGGAGUUUGAAGGACUUUGUGGACCUCAAGCUUCGCCAUGCACACUGCAUUGCACAACUGGUCCAGAUGCUUCAGAUUUUGCCUUUGACUCGACAGCUGACCAAUUUGGCAGGCAACCUCUGGAAUGCCUCGCUGCAGAACAAACGAGCUGAGCGGAACGAGCUGCUUCUAUGCCACGAGUUCCACAAGAAGAAGUUUGUGCUGCCCGACAAAGAGAAUACCAAGAAGAAAAAGAUGCUCACAGAUAUGAGCUGCAUGGGAUUGGACGAGCCCGAUGAUGAUGCGCAGGCUGCUGGGGCGCCCCGUCGCAAAGCCGCCGCCUACAGUGGAGGCCUUGUCUUGGCGCCAAAGGCAGAUAUUUGCAGUCUCGGAGCUGCUUUGGUGGCGGUCCGCGUUAAGGUUCGCGGUGACUGGAUCGAUGUGGUGCUGGGAUACGAGUCUCUGGAGAGAUACACCAAUGGCGGAAAGCCAAAUUUUGGCACAGUUGUUGGAAGAUGCGCUAAUCGGAUCGCGAACGCAAGCUUUGAGCUUGACGGAGAAGAGCACAAGCUUGACAUCAACAAUGGGAAUCAUCAUUUGCACGGAGGCACUAAGGGCUUCUACUCGCAGGUCUUUGACGUUGCUGAUGUAUCAGACAAGCAGGUUACCCUGACUCUUUCAGAGCCAGACGGUGCAAUGGGAUAUCCUGGAAAGGUCGAUGCGAGUGUUACAUAUGAGCUGAAUGACGGAGAGCUGCACUUUCGAUAUGCUGCAGCAAGCGACAAACCAACUCUGGUCAGCAUGACCAACCAUGCAUAUUGGAACCUCAAAGGCCACCAGGCUGGCGAUGUGCUCGAUCAUGUCCUGAUGGUGAAGGCAUCGCGAACAACGGCCACGGAUGAGACUCUGGCCAUCACAGGCGAGCUUCCCGAAGUAUCGGGCGGCCUUGAUUUGCGAGAGCCUCGGUUGUUGAAGGAGGCUGUAGAUGAAGGAGGUCCAAUCGACCGCAACUACUGCUUGGAUCGACCAAAGGGUGCAGGGGAAUUUCUUGCAGCCCGCUUGGUGGGUCCAAACAAGGUUACAAUGGAGGUUUGGACAGAUCAGCCAGGACUUCAGGCAGAGUGGGAGUCAAACUCACAGUCCUGGCACGUGGUGGCAUGGCAAGGGCUGCGAAUGGAAGCAGUUUGGGGCCAUUUGCUUGGAACCACAGCUGUGGCCAGAUGGUGCAUCAUCCGGAGUUUCAGAGCCCUAUCCUUCGACCGGGGGAGACUUACCAGCACCACUCGUGGCAUCUCUUUCGAGCCCAACGCUCAGCAUGAGACACCGCCCAUCCUCAUUGAGGUGCAGUGGAGGGAGCACAACAUUUGCUUCACCACUGUGGACCGGCCUGAUGAAAUUGCAGUUGCCAAGAUAGAAAACGAGGCCCAGCUCCUUGCGAAGACGCAUGCAGACGGGAUGGCCGAAGAAGGCAUUCUUCCGCAGGUGCUGAGGCGCUUGGUGGACAGUCGACGUCAAGUGAAAGCUGCCAUGAAAACUGAAAAGAACCCAAAGGUUUCGCAAGUACUCGAGAUCCGACAAAAGGCUCUGAAACUGACAGCAAACUCAAUGUAUGGCUGCUUGGGCUUUCAGAACAGUCGAUUCUAUGCUAAACCCUUAGCUGCGCUCAUCACAGCGAAGGGUCGAGAAGCUUUGCAGUCGACCAUCAACGUUGUGAACCAAGAGCUGGCGCUUGAUGUGGUUUAUGGUGACACCGAUUCUGUUUUCGUGAACACGAAGACGGCGAAUUUCCAGCAGGCGAUGCAGAUCGGAGAACAAAUCAAGCGAUCUGUGAACAAGAGGUACAAGAGACUCGAAAUUGAGAUUGACGGAGUCUUUGUGCGUUUGAUGCUGCUGAAGAAAAAGAAAUAUGCGGCGAUGAAGGUGGUCGAUUGGCAGAAGCAAACCUUUGAAACAGAAUUCAAAGGCUUGGACAUCGUCCGACGUGAUUGGUGUGGACUGGCGAAAGAAAUGGGCGAGGCGAUCUUGAUGCAAAUCUUGGAUAUGAAGUCGAAUCAGGAGGAGUCCCUUGAGUGGGUACAUCAAUUUCUGUUGGACAAGUGCAAGGAGAUGGACGAGGGCAAGGUCAAUAUGGAGAAGUUCGUCCUUACGAAAGGUCUCACCAAAGAUCCGAAGGAACUGCUCCACGCUGUUGGAUUCCUCGAAGCCACUGAUGAGUGUCAACCGCAGGACUAUCCUGAUGCGAAGAAGCAGCCACACGUCCAGGUCGCCUUGCGGCUCAUCUCUAGGGGUAAGCAUGUUCGUCCAGGGCAGGAGAUUGGAUAUGUCAUUUGUGCUGAUGGAUCCGAUGGAUCCAAAGAUCUCCUUGCCGAGCGUGCGCGGCAUCCGCAUGAGUUGGAGAUGGACAAGAGCUUGACCAUUGAUAUCCAAUGGUACAAGAAGCAGCAGGUGCAUCCGUUGGUCACUCGUAUCCUGGCUGUGGUGGAAGGCACUAGUCCUGCACGACUGGCCGAGUGCAUAGGCAUUGACGCUGCCAGAUUUUCGCAGGCAGCCCUUGUCAGAGCAGAGGAGAAUGGUGAAGUGCUUGAAAGCAACAUGUCUAUGGUCGGUGACUUGAAUGCCAUUUUCGACCGCAAGGUUCGCUUCAAAGACUUCCCAUCCAUGCUGCCAGGGUUCAAGUGCAAAUGUGGUGAAGUGACAAAGUGGUCACAGUUUUUUGUCGCUGAAUCCAAGGUGUCGCUUCCGCUUUGUUGUCCUAGCUGCCAAACGCCAGUCAACUUGAAGCUUAUGAGAAACCUUUGGUUCAUGCAGCUCAGGCGAAUGGUGAAAGAGCAUGGUGAAGGAUGGGUGCAGACAGAUGAGAGCUCUGGCAUUGAAAAGACGCAGCGCACCACCAAAGGACAAAAUCUGGUCAGUGAAAAGACUGUCUACAGGGAGUUGGAGUUCGCCACCCACCUCUGUGAAACGGCAAAAGAAUCUGUCACGGACAAGGACCCGACAGCUCAGGAGACUGUCGAAAAGAUGAACAAAGACGCGAGCCUUUGGCUUGGCUACAGCAGCCUCGGGCUCAGAUCAUCAAAUGAUUCGCAAGCCAGUUCUGCUGACCUCUUCCUGUUGGUCGAGGUUUUGUUUUCCUGA